UCCUGUUAGGUUGUCAAGGAAAUGAGGAUCAUUGAUGGUGGCUUUGUAGCUAAUCUGAGUGAACAUUUGAGGGGAAAGGAGCCGGACUAGUGAUGGCAGAGCUACACAUUAUCGGUCAGAUCGUCGGGGCCAGCGGCUUCCCUCAGUCUAGCCUGUUCUGCAAAUGGGGAGUUCACACAGGAGGGGCUUGGAGGCUUCUCUCUGGCCUGAAGGAGGGUCAAACUCAGGUGGACCUACCUCAAGCAGGAGAUAUGGCCUACUGGAGUCAUCCCAUUGACCUACACUACACCACCAAAGGACUUCAAGGGUGGCCCAAGCUUCACCUGCAGGUGUGGCACCAGGACUCGUUCGGGCGCUGCCAGCUGUAUGGGUACGGUUACUGCCACGUGCCCUCCAGCCCGGGGCACCACCAGGUGCGCUGCGUGACCUGGAGGCCCCAGGGCACCUGGCAGGAGCAGCUGAGCCAGGCCAUCGUGGGGGGAGGCCCCCAGCUCCGCUCCCCAGACCUGGUGUACAGCGGGGCGGACAGGUACAGGCUGCACACGGUGGCCAUGGGGACUGUCGAGCUGGAGCUUGGCGUUAUCAUGCGGCACUUUGAGAGGUACGGCGUGGAGAGCUGAGACCGGCGAAGGG